AAGCCUAGUAGCUAGCAGUAGCAGGGUAGUUGUUUGUAGCUCGUGCAUUCAGUCAGAGCUCUAGUGUGGGCGAAGUGGUUCAGUUUAUUGUUAUAUAGCUACAGUAAGGUCGUAAUUUUCACGAUGGCUGGAACUUUAGCCCGCAAAGCUGUCGACCACCUGAAGAGCAAAGAGUUCAGAGAGUAUUUGAUGAGCACGCAUUUCUGGGGUCCAGUGGCUAACUGGGGUCUACCCAUCGCUGCUAUAUCUGACAUGAAGAAAAGUCCUGAGAUUAUCAGUGGGAGAAUGACAUUUGCUCUGACGUGCUACUCCCUCCUCUUCAUGCGAUUUGCUUACAAAGUACAGCCAAGGAAUUGGCUGCUCUUUGCCUGUCAUUUAACCAAUGAGACAGCCCAACUAAUUCAAGGAAGUCGGCUUAUCAAAUACAACAUGGAAAAGAAGUUGGCUAAGUAAUGGACUUCAGGAGGAACACACCUUGCACAGCGGGUUCACAGCAAUGGGCUCAUUUUUCUCAUUUUUGUCCUGCUAAUAUAAUAGCAGCUCUUUAACAAUGAACUAAUCAGUGUAGAAAGUACCUGCCUCUGGACCAGAUUUGUUCUGCAGAGCAGCUAUCCAGGCAAAGCGCCUACUUCUUGAAUCUUUUGGUUAAAUUUUAGUUCUUUUGUCAAAGUUAUUACGCACAAAUUAUGAAAUGGCUGGAAUGUACAUAUGCCUUGUUUGACAACUUUUAAAACAACUGGUACAGAAACGUUUCUGUUUUUAAAAAGGGUCGGCCAUUAUGAUAAAUACACACACCAUACAUUCUUAUACACCAUACAUUUUAAUUUGGAGUAAUUUAUUUCAAAUGAUAAUGUUGCCGUCACUGAACAGAUGCAAUAAACACUGUAUUAAAGGGAAAAA